CUGUCAUCAGCAAACUCCACGCCUCAGCCUUCAUCCUCUUCCAUACCUAUCUAACCCACUCCUCCACCCCUUCGCCUGCAUGGCUCCUUCUCCACCUUUGUCCUCCUCCUCCUCCUCCUCCUCCUCCCGUGACUGACUGUUCCCCGCCGGCGACCUCGCCUGCUUCUUGAUGCUAUGUCCGCCAGAUUUCGCCGGUCUGCGCACGACUAUGAGCUGCUGCCCCGCGCCUCGUUCGAAGCAGACGACUUUCCAGACCUCCAGCGUUCCGUCUCAAAUUCCUCGUGGCUAGGCCUCCUGGUCGUGCGCUUGCCCGGCGUGAAGCACAUCUUGAACCCCGCCGCCUACGCCCACCUUAUUACCCCUCGACGGCGGCGCCGCUCCAUCCUCCGGCUCAUCUACUGGUCCCUCUUCCUCUUCCCCUACUUCUGCCUCUUUCUUGUCGUCUUCUGGUCCCUCUUCUUCCCCUCCUACACUUACGCGCCCGCCCAUUACAAUGAGCUUCGCCAGUUGUCACUACGGAGUACCUUUCCCGGCCGAGCCAACGUGCGCAACGAAAAAGUAUUCAUAGCUGCCUCCAUCUAUGAGACCAAUGGGGCAUUGACUUCUGGCGAAUGGGGAAGGUCUGUGCUGGAGCUGGUCGACCUGCUCGGCCCAAAAAACGUCUAUCUGAGUCUGUAUGAGAAUGACCCCGACCCCGUCUCUCAAGAUGCCCUUGUUGAGUUCCAAAGGCAAGUUACUUGUAACUCUACCAUCAAUCGCGAGAAGUUCGACAUGUCAACAAUGCCUCGCGUUAUCCUCCCCUCCGGAGAAACCCGUAUAAAGAGAAUUACAUUUUUGGCCGAGGUCAGAAACCGAGCAUUGAGACCACUAGAAGAAUCGCCCGUAGCAUUUGACCGGCUGCUGUUCAUUAAUGAUGUGAACUUUGUUCCUCUCGAGGCCGCUCAACUCCUUUUCUCCACAAACGUGGACUCCAACGGGCGAGCUAACUACGGUGCAGCAUGUGCGGUAGACUUCAUUAACCCUUUCAAGUUCUACGACAGAUUCGCAACACGAGAUCUGGAUGGCUACAAUAUGGGAAUACCCUUUUACCCCUGGUUUACUAGUGCGGGCUCCUCUACGAGCCGUUCAGAUGUCCUGGCAGGAUCGGAUGCGGUCCGAGUACGGAGCUGCUGGGGAGGUAUGACUGCAUUCGAGGCGAAAUGGUUCCAGGAUUUGCAAACCUCUCAUACUGCAUCCUCAUCGAACUCGACACACCCACCACCCAUUUCGCCCAACUCGUCACCGCUACGGUUCCGCGCCGAAGAAGACACCUUUUGGGACUCAUCCGAAUGCUGUCUCAUUAAUGCCGACCUGGAAUACCGCCGCACCGGUCUUGGCAUGGCCGCAGACUCGGCUAUUCUUAUGAAUCCUUUCGUUCGCGUGGCCUAUGAUCCGCGCACUUUGUCUUGGCUACCCUUGACCAGACGACCAGAAAAGCUGUAUUCGCUCAUACACGACAUCCUAAAUCGCAUAGUUGGAUUCCCCUCAUUCAACCCACGACAGAUGGAAAUGCCAGGGCAAAGGGUAACCGAAAAGGUCUGGGAAUACGACGACCCCACAGGCGCUCUCGUCGGCAAUGCGACUGGAGAAAACUUAACGGGCCAUUAUCGCGAAGUUCAAAGGAUUGCGAAGCCGGGCGGAUUCUGCGGCGGGCGAAAACUGCUCGUUAUCAACGAAAACCCUAGGCAGGGAGAGGGAAAGUGGGGUGGUAUUCCCCCUCCAACGCCUCUUCCUGAGAUCUGAAAUCUCUUUCCCCGCUACAUUUCCCCGAGCGGUUCUUUUAAUGCUGUUCUUUUCUCGAUAAACUGUCUUACCAUAACCCUUUUUCGUUUAAUUAUUUAAUUGCAUAGCGACGGCGCACUGGGGGAGGAUUCCUUUGCAUCGAAGCACAAGGCGAGCAUCAUCACAAAAGAGAUGAGCAUUAGUUAUCACAACUCUCAAUUUUGUAAUGAUAGCGCUCAGCAAUUUCACACCUCGUACAUUCGUACGAUGUUCAAUCCAACAUAUCACGUUAAU